AUGAAUUGUAUAGAUAAUAGUGACGAUGAUGAUUAUAUUCUCAGUUAUUUGGGUGAAGAAAAUAUGAUGAUGACCAAAAAUGAAGGUUCGUCGUCAGAUUUUUUAUUAUUACUCGAAAAUUUACUCAAACGAAGUAUACCAUCGCCAACAAAAAUUAUUUCAUCAUCGAAAAAUACACAUUGUCUAAGACGUUGUAAAAGUGACGAACUCUAUUCGAAAAAACAUAAUCAAAAUAUACGAAAAUAUGAACAUUCAUCAUCAUCAUCAUCUUCCGCAGCAACAACAAAAACAAAAUUUAAUUUAACCAAUAUUGGUAUAGAUGACGAUAAUAAUUUGAUUAUUGACGAUAGUGAUAUUGAAAAUGAUGAUCGAUCAAUCGAAUAUCAGGAAAAAGAAAGAAGUCGUUCAGCACCAAGUAGUCCAACAAAAGUGUUUGAUGAUGAAUUAGCAACAUUUUUACAAUGUGAUAAUAUGACAACAAAAUCACCAGGAUUCAUUUAUAAUAUUGAUUUAUCUGAUGAAGCAGUGACAAUAUUAAAUACACAUCAAGAAAUCAGUGACAAUAAUCGAAUAACAGUACAUUUUAACGACAGUUCCGAUGAAGAUGACAAUGACACUAAUUACCCGAGUAUUACACACUCACCGGAUAUAAUACAACUAAAUACAACAACAACAACAAAUUGUUUAACCAUUGAAGAAGAAAACGAAGAAGAAUUAGAACAAAUAAAACGUGAAGAAGAAGCUGAAAGGUUGUCGUUACAAAUACAACAAAACGAAGAACAAUUCAAUAAUGAAUUAAUUGAAGACAAUGAAAAACAACAACAACAACAACAACAAGCGAUAAUAAUUAAAGAUAAUGACGACCGAGCUGAUUUGUUAGAAACUAAUUUACAAAUAGAAAAAACAAUGAAUAAUUUUAUUGUUUAUUCAUCACUUGAUGAUAAUAUCGGACGUUUAUCAACGAUUUAUGAGUCAAAUCAAGAAUUGCCAAUCUCAAUCGAAGCACCUAGUACAAAACUUGAACAUCAACUUGAACUAGACAAUAUCGAUGAUACUGACGAUAAAUUAAUUGUUUAUGACAAACAUAUUUUUUUUCCUACAGAAUCGAAUCGAGAAUAUUCACCAUCAUUGCUGAUUUCAACAACAAAUACCGACAAUACUACAAUAAAUAAGAUAAUCAACGAACAUAGAAAAGAAGAAAAUCAGCAGAAUGGAAUACAAAGUGUCCAAGAUCUAAAAUCAGACGCAAAACAUAUGUCUUUACCGAUGAUUGAUCGUAGUAAAAUUCAUACAUGUUAUCCGAAUGCCUCAAAUGUAUUUUCAUCGGAUUCUACUACUAGCAAUUCAUCCGGUUUAUCAUCAUCAUUUGUCAGUCGUCUGUGUGGAACAUCUUCAGCUACGCCUACUCCUUAUAAGUCCGUUACUACUUCUACUACAACUACGCACAAUAUGUAUUCAGAUUUUCCAUUUAAACAUCAGCAACAGCAACAGCUAUCGUCAGAUGAUACUAAAUUAAAUUUAAAACAAUCAUCUAGUCAUGAGCAACAACAAAAACAAUUAAAAUCUUCGUCAUCAUCACCCAUUAUUAGUUCAAAAAUUCGCCAACCAUCAAAUUCUAUCAUGAUCUAUUCCAAAUCUCAAGUGAUAAAUGUUAAUGAUGGAGAAAAAGAGUAUUUUCAUGAUAAUCAACCAAACUCUAUAUCCUUAUCUGUACCGUUGUUAUCAAAUUCGACUAUAUUAAAUGGAGUCAUCCUAUCAACCGAUGAAAAAAAAGAUGAACAAGUAACGAAUAAUAAUCACGUUAUUAAAAUGAAAAUGAUCCAGUCAUCCUCAUCAUCACUAUCUGAUUUUAUUGUUCAAACAAAAAUAACUCAACAAUCAAAUAUCAAUUCUGGUGCUCAUUCACUUAAUGAUUGUUCAACUGCCAUCGAUAACCCUGUGCAACCUUGUUCUUUUCGUGUUCCACAACGUUCAAAUGAACGACGUCCAUCUAAUCGUAUAUUAACAAAUGGUUUACUCAAUUGUUCUACUAUAACACCUAUACGAUUAAAACAUCCACAACAAUGCAUAACUAUGACUAAUAAUAAUAAAAAUAGUUCAUCAUCUGAAAAUGGAUUUUUAACAAAGAGUGAAGAAUCAUUGAAACCUAUCGUUCUUGAUGAAUUAACAAAAUCUUCGUCUUCCUCUUCGUCAUCACCAUCGAAUAAAAUAAUGUCACGUUCAGAUUUUGUUAUUGCGUCUCGAAUGCCUAACUCUUCUCAAUAUCAUCCAUGGAUGAUUACAUCAUUAUCAACAACAAAACAGAAGGUAAAACAAUGUAAUGAAUUAAAUCAACGAAAAUCAUCUAGUUUAAAAAAUGUUUACUCCACAACAACAAAAGCUAACACCAUAACAAACAGCAACAACCAUCAUCAUCAUCAUCAUCACCAUCAUCAUCAUCAUUCAACAAAUAGUGGCAUUCUAUACCCAAUUGAUUAUGAGAAUAGAAUCGAUAAUAAUGAUGAAAAUACAAAUAUGAUAUUAGAUUUACACUGGUUAAAUAAUAAUAAUAAUAAUCAAACGAUGAAUUCAUCACAGCAGAAAAUGCCAACAUCAUCCGAUUCAGGAAUUGUUACUGAUCAUCGAGAAGAAGAAACAUCAUCAGGUGGACACACUGGAAAAUAUUCAACCGGUUCAAGUAUAGACGACGAUGAAAGUUUUUCAUUAUUAAAACAAUACAAUUUGGAAUAUCAAGAAACAAUUCAACAUUUGUCGAUUAUUAAAAAAGCAAUUGUUGAUAUUGAAGGAAGAUUAAACGAAACAAUGAGAGAACUUGAAAUUGAGCGUGCUCUAAUUGAAGGUGAACAUGAAAUAUUGUUUAAACAAAUAAUUGAUGCAUCAGAUGGUGAUCAACGAAAAAUACGUCAAUUAUAUAAUGAAUUACAAUUAUUGUUAGAAAAAGUGAUGGGAGAUAAAAAUGCAAUUCGUAAUGAAAUUGAUCGUACCCAACAAACAUUAUAUAAUCUUGAACAAGAACUUCAAACAUUAGAACAAUGUUUAAAGUCGAAUUCAUCUCAUCAUGAUGAUGGUUUAUUUGAUAAAAUACUUAAAAAAAAAGAAAUGAUUGAAGAAACAAAGAAAAAACAUGAAGAUCUUGAAUUUCAAUUAAUGGAAUUAGAAACUAGAUGUGAAGCAGAAUUAGAAGAAGCUGAAGAAAAUUUUAAAAAUGAACAAGAAAUUGUACAACAAAAUUCAAAAAUACGACAGAAUAAUCUCCGUGAUCUUGACCAUCAACAACAUAUUAUAUUACAACAAGUAACUGUAGAAAAAGAUAAAUUAGAACGUGAAAGACAAAAAUUAAAACUAUUAUUUAAAAAGAAAAAAUUACAUGCUGACGAUAUUGAACAAAAGCUUACCAAAUUAAGUGAUGCAUUAACAACAACUACAACAUCGGUAACAGAUGAUAAUCACCAUCGUGUAAAUGAUAAUAAUCAUACUUUAAUGACGAAUGGCAGAGAGGAUGAUCAAGAAGAUCUUAGAAAUACCAAAGGUUCAUCAACAUUAGGAAAGAAUAAUAAAAAAUCUAGUCAUUAUCAAACAUUAUUUAAUGGAAAUGAGGAUUAUGGAACAAAUAAUAAGAAUGAUAUACCUCCUUCAAUGAGAAAUGAUGAAUAUGUCAAUAAAUUGAAUGAACUGAAAGAAAUGAUAUCUGUGGCUAAAUUAGAAAAAAUGACCAUUUUAGAACAACAGUUACGUGAAAGAUAUACGGAACUAGUUCAGUUUCAAGAAGAACAUACUAAACGAUUAGAAUUAGAGAAAAAAUUAGCUGAUGAAAUGAAAAAUAGAGAUUAUCUUGUUGAAUGUCAAGUGAAAUUGCGAGAAAAAAACCGUGUACAGGUAAAAUGUGUAGAAAAAGAAUAUUUGUGAAAAUGCGGCUACUACUAGUAGUAUUCGAAUGUGAGUUAACUAAAAGAUGAUGGAACGUUUGAAUAUUUAUGUUAAAUAUUAUUAUAGAUCUACAUCUCUGCAUAAUUUCUUUAUAUUAAUUUGUACAUUUUGCUUUAGGAGCGUCCAUUAACUCGCUAUUUG